AUGAAUAUUGCAAUGGUCUCGGACUUCUUCUACCCGCAGCCAGGCGGAGUUGAACUCCAUAUGUACCAUCUAUCCCAAAAAUUGAUAGAUAGAGGCCAUUCUGUGGUGGUGAUUACACAUAGUUAUGGUGGACGCACUGGAGUAAGAGUUCUUACAAACGGACUGAAAGUGUAUUAUAUACCCUUUGCAGUGGUAAUGAUGCAAUGUACACUUCCUGCAGUAUUCUCUGCAUUCCCCAUACUUAGGAACAUAUUUAUCAGAGAGAACAUUGAGAUUGUACAUGGCCAUGGAUCCCUAAGUUUCCUCUGUCUUGAGGCCAUCAUGCAUGCGAAAACAAUGGGCCUCAAAACCAUAUUCACAGACCAUUCGUUGUUCGGGUUUGCUACUGUUUCAAGUAUAGUUGGAAAUAAACUUUUAACAUUCACAUUGACUGAAAUUGGCCAUGUUAUCUGUGUUUCUCACACUUGCAAGGAAAACACAGUGCUGAGAUCGUCAUUAGAUCCAAACAAAGCUUCGGUCAUACCCAAUGCCGUUGUAGCUAGUGACUUCACACCGGAACCCAAUUUUAGAGACGAAAAUACCAUAACCAUAGUGAUAAUAUCCAGGCUGUUCCCAAACAAAGGAGCUGAUCUGUUGACAGCGAUAAUUCCAAGAAUUUGUGCAUACCAUGAAAAGAUUAGGUUUAUUAUAGCUGGUGAUGGCCCGAAGUUCAUCGAUUUCGAACAAAUGGUUGAAAAAUAUCAGUUGCAAGACAAAGUUCAAUUGAUUGGAAGCAUCAAGCACGAAGAAGUUAGAAAUGUCAUGGUCAAAGGCCAUAUAUAUUUACACGCAUCUCUUACAGAGGCCUUCGGCACCGUUUUGGUAGAAGCCGCAUCCUGUGGGCUGUUCGUUGUCACUACAAAUGUUGGAGGAAUCCCCGAGGUCUUACCUAACCACAUGACUGCAUAUGCAUUGCCAGAAGAAGAAUCAAUUGUAUCUGCCCUAACAUCUGCCAUUGACAAAAUAUCGGCUGGGAAAAUUCACACCUCAGGAUUUCACAAUCAAGUAAAAGAAAUGUAUGACUGGAGAGACGUCGCUCAGCGAACAGAGCUGGUCUACAUCAAUGUGAAAAGGACUACAAAGCCCACCACCACCUUGGAAAGAAUUAAAAAAUACUACAUACACGGCUUUUGGGGUGGUAAAUUAUUUGUCUUAUGUUUGGUGGUUGAUAUUUUUAUACUAACAGUUCUUGACUUUUGGUAUCCCAGAGAUAAGAUAGACCGAGCAGCCAAGUGGCCCCAUGGACAGAAAUAUGCCAAGCCCCAGUCAUGA